AUGGGAGACAGAGACAGAACCCGCGACCGAGACCGUGAAAGAGAACGCGACCGAGAAAGACGCCGCGACAAAGAAGAACGUGACAGAGACCGAGACCGAGACCGAGACCGAGACCGAGACCGGACCCGAAGCACCCGCUCACGCACGCGCUCACCAGAACGCGUGGAACACCGGUCUCACAGGUCUCACCGCCGCCACCGCCACCAAAGGACCCCAUCUCCGUCACCUCCGCGAAAGCGACACAGACACGAGAGCGAUGACGACAGAGAGAGGGAAAAGCAGAAGGCGGCAGUUUCGGAUUUUGUGGAUGGGAUAGCGAGAGAGCAAUUAGAGAAGAAAGAAAGUGAUAGUAAUGAUAAUGGAGUGGGAGAUGGUGGAAGUUUGAUGGAUGAGGAUGAGGUGGAGAUAAUGAAGAAAUUAGGGAUACCAAUGGGGUUUGAUUCGACGAAAGGGAAGCCGGUGCCUGGUGCGGAUGUUAGUGGAGUUAGAGCCGUUACGAAAAGGCAGCCUAGGCAUGCACUAUCUGUUGCAAACUCGAGCGAUCGUGGUUUCUCUUUGGCCUUGGCUCAUAUUCAUCUCAGCCAGACUGCACCUGUGAGAGCAAUUGCAGGUAAUGGCUUGUAUUGUGUGAGCAUGAAGAUGGGUUUUGAACCUAAGGCCCCAAGCACCACACUGUGUCCUGAUGGGCAGUUAUGCAAGAUUGCAUCAUUUACUCUUGUAGUUUGGUCUUCACAGAGUCGGUCAUUUGUGGUUGAUGCUGCUGAUGUUUUACUCCAGACUUCACAUGCCUCAACCUAUCUGGCUACUGGUGGAACUGGUCAAGGCCGAAAAUUUUUAUUUUACAAGUGCCCUAUAGCCUAG